AUGAAGAAGAAAAUCAAGGAAGAAGAGUACGACGAUUUACGCAAUUGUGACUACGAGAUCAAGGAGCAGGACCGGUUUCUUCCCAUCGCCAACGUGGCCCGGGUGAUGAAACUGGCGCUUCCGCCGCAUGCCAAACUUUCCAAAGAAUCCAAGGAAUGCGUUCAAGAGUGUGUUUCCGAGUUUAUCAGCUUUAUCACGUCGCAGGCGGCGGAUAAGAGCAAGUUGGAAAAGAGAAAAACGCUUAAUGGCGAGGAUAUGCUCUGGGCGAUGUUCACUCUAGGGUUUGAGCAUUACGCAGAGACCUUGAAGAUAUACCUAGCGAAGUAUCGGCAGUUUGAGCAGAUUGAGGCGGAAAGGAGGCUGUCGGGGAGAAGAAGAAAGGCUCGGGAUAGCGACAGUGACGAUAUGCAAGAGAUGGCGUAUGACAUGACGCCCGAGGACUAUGUGGACUUUGGCGCUGAUUUCGAGUAUGCCAUUUAG